AUGAAAGAGUCGCACCUUUUACUGAAGCGCAUGGCCGAGGGAUAUGGGGUGCCUGAUGUGGCCGUUCCUGGCGUCGCAUUGCCGCGACCGAGUCGAGCACAUGAGGUAGAUGGCGGCCAACGGCUUCUCAACCUGGUGCCAACUCCGACCUGGGAGUGCGGCACGAAGACGGCGAAGAUUUGGGAGCCGGGGUACACGCUCUCGCCAGCCACCGAGAAUUGGGCCCGACAUGUUCGGGAGGCAGAUCGCGCUCAGCCUGCGCUGGCCAUUGGAUUUGUGGGUGCUACUUCGGCGGGGAAGAGCUGGCUAGUUAGCAAGCUGCAGAGUGAGGGAGCAGCUCAGCCAGCUCGUUUCGAGCAGAGCUUUGCUGGAGGUGUGGACCUGCAGUCUAUGACAUCCGACAUUAACUUAUACUUGGAUCCCGUUGAUCAGAUCUACUACGUGGACUUCGAAGGGACAUACGGCACACUGCCAUUGCAGUACUAUGCCGCCGAUAUGGCCAAGGUGGUGCAGCGGUGUGCCGAUGUCGCGUCCUGGGAAGGAAAGCGCCGUCAGGCCCUCAAGGAGUCCUUCCAGCCAGCCGUUGCAUACUUGAUGUGCGACGUCGUUGUGUUCCUGACUCGGGAGAAGCUGGUUUGUCGGAGGGCCUUGGAGGAGUGCGAGCAGUUCGCGCGAGCUGCAAAUGCAAGAGUUUCCAGCGCUCUUCCUCCAGCCUUGAUCAUUGUGCAGAACUGCUGUAGGCCAAGCGAAGGAAUCUUCGAUCCGGAAAAAUGCACAGAAGCCUUUCGCCGUGCUCACUUCAGCGCAGGCCGUUGGAACUACGAUGAUCCUUUGCAGGAGGGAGCAGGUGGUCAAGUAAGUUCCGCGGCAGCACAGUGGGCUGAGUACUUCAGGAGCAUUGACUGCUUCUGCUUGCCGGACGAGUAUACGUUCUGCAAGCGAAGUGGCUUUGACGGUGAGGAAGUCUGCAAGGAAGUGCUGAUGAAGCUGAAAGCCACGAUGAAGACCCGCUUGGAGGAGGGCCUUCCUGCUCGCACCGAAACCGGGGUAUCCCUGCAUCAGUUUCAAUGGUUUGCUGCGUUGUCGUCCCUUUGUGGGAUCAUCAACGAUCAGGAAACGGUGCAAAUGUCUGCGAUUUACAUCCACGCCGGUGCAACAUCUGGUGGGGUGAACGAGCUGAAAUCACUCCUACUGCAGAUCAUGCACCCCACGAAGCGGCCCGAUGUCGUCGACCCACAAGACUUUCAGCUCAGGCUGGGCGUGGCGAUUGGCAUCAUUGCCCGGUUUGCUGUUCGGCAUGAUCUCGCGGAAGACGAGAUCCAUCAGGUGGUGAAAUAUCUCUCGCUACUCUUCCCAUGUGGCGCCUUGGCCCCACCGGCUGUUGAAAGAGCCGAUGGAAGCACAGAGCCCGUUCCGUGUGGCCAGCUUCUACUUUUCCACAAGGGGCUCCAUCGUUCCAGCUGUUUGGUGAGAACGGUCGAGGCGGGUUGGCUGCAACACCUCAGCGAGUGGCUACAAGGUGGCGUCACACAUGCGUGGCCUGGAGAGUUCUGUUGCUUGGAAAGCCUCAAGGAGGUUUGGGACCACGGGGUGCUCACGGCUUCUGUGCUUGAACAGGUAGAAGAGUACAAGGUUGAGAAGUGCCUUGAGGCAAGACUUGCAGCAGGAGCAGCAGAAUGCAGCUGUCUAGAAGUUCUGUCGCUUUCCGAGCCAGGGUGUUUCUCCAAAGGUGGGCACACCCUGGGUCUUGAAAGCCGCGUCCUGGGUGCAUUCAUCACCUUUCAUCCGCAUUCACAGUCAUCAACAGUCUUGGCUCGCUGGGCUGUUGUUCUGCUGGCACCUUUUGUUCACCUGGCUCGAGCCAGUGACGUACUGCCCACAAGAGCUGGCUCCGAACCAGCAAGGCUGACGACGGGGACGUUACCCCAACGUGCUGUGUGGGUCAUCGACUGGGCCUGCUUUUGUGAUGCUCGCCGCCAGGAUGGUGUGAAACGUCGCCGAUCCCAUUCCCCUGAUAUGGACCCUGCGCAGGCUGCACCGGGCCUUGAUGCAGUGGAACACCUUGACAGCAGUGCAUCGAGACCCGAGGCUGCGAUGAACCCCUGCGCCCCGUGUGCCGGGGUGCAAGUCGAAGCGCAGGCGCCUCCUGCCGGCUGGAGUCAAAACGGUUUUGCACCUCCCGCCGGCUGGAAUCCACCUCAAGACCCAAGUGCGGCCUGGAACGGCUGCCAAUAUCCGCCCCAGGCGGCCCAACCGCAACCUGCCGAGCAGCCACCGCAGUACCAAGCGCAGACGCAGCCACAGCCACAGCCACAGAUGCAACCACCACCUGUGCAGCCACACAUGCAGCCACACAUGCAGCCGCACAUGCAGCCGCACAUGCAGCAGCAGAUGCAGCCGCACAUGCAGCCGCAGCAGUACCCGCCAUAUCCCCAGCCCCAGUAUCCACCGCCCCAGCACUAUCAGCCGCCUCAGUAUCCACCGCAGUACCCUGCCUACCCACAGCAUCCGCAGCCCGGUCAGCCGGUGGCACCAGGGCCGGUUCCUGCGUAUCCUCAAUGGCCGGGACAAGCGCCAGCAGCCGCACCGGUCCCUAACGGCAGCGGGUGGCCAUGCCAAUCUUCGCAAGGGCGCACGAUGUCCAUAGCGGAGGCAUGUCUUGAAGCUGCCAGCGGUUCUGCAGGCGAGACUGUUCAGGACACGGAUGUCAGAGUCAUUGACUAUGAUGAGCGUCCUCUUCCUUUGCACAAGUUCUGGUCUUUUGACCAAUGUGCACAGUUCUUCCCCCAGAAGCUGAUUGACGAGCUGAAGAAGUCUUUCCCCGCACCAUCUCAAAUUCAGGCUUUCACCUGGCCCUUGGCGUUAUAUGGCAAGGACGUAAUUGGCAUUGCAGCAACUGGCAGCGGGAAGACGCUGGCGUUCCUGCUGCCGGCUUUUAGUGACUUCCACAAGUCAGGCUUGCAACCACAGCGAGAUGGCGUUGGACUCGUGGUAAUGUCGCCGACCCGAGAGCUUGCGCAGCAAAUCGAGGUCGAGGCCAAUCGCUUCGGCAAGUGUCUUGGGAUGUGGACAGUUGCCAUGUAUGGAGGUGCGCCGAAAUGGGAUCAACAGAAGAAGUAUCAGCAAGGAGUCCACGCCAUCAUUGCAUGCCCGGGGCGCCUCAAUGAUUUCAUUGAGGGGCGACAGGUGCAGGUCAACCGAGUGCGAAAACUGGUGCUGGAUGAAGCUGACAGAAUGCUGGACAUGGGCUUCGAGCCACAAAUCCAAAAAAUUCUUCAGCAUAUCCCCAGAAGUCGACACACAAUGUUCUUCACUGCAACCUGGCCACGGGAGGUCCGGCAGCUUGCUGCUACGAUGAUGGGGCAGCCAGCCAAAGUUAUGAUCGGAAACCGUGAUGAGCUGAAAGCGAAUCAGGAUGUCACUCAGCAAGUUCGACUUGUUGAGAGUUCGCAAAAGAAAGCUGCCAUCCUGGAGUUGCUGCAGGAAGCAGGCUUGAUGGACAAAGGUGCCAUUGGAAAGUGUUUGAUCUUCGCGAGCACGAAGAGGAUGUGUGAGGAGCUGUCGCGGCAGCUAUACGCCUGUAAUGUAGCCUGCUCUGCGAUUCAUGGAGACAAGGACGUGUGCCUGCAAGACCAACGGGAACGCGACAUGGCAUUGAAUGGCCUGAAACAGGGCCGUCUUCGAGUUUUGGUCGCUACGGAUGUAGCAGCUCGUGGCCUGGACAUCAAAGGAGUUGGCUUCACGGCUGCAUGGGACAAGGCAAACAACUCGGAGGACUACAUCCACCGAAUUGGGCGGACUGGGCGAGCUGGAAAGAAAGGCUACGCCAUCACAUUGCUUUCCCAUGAGGACAGGGGCAAAGCCUCUGGGAUCAUCCAGGCAAUGGAGAGCACAAAUCAGCACAUCAGCGACGAGCUUCGGAGCUUCGCCAGACAAGGUGGUGGUGGAGGGAGGCCCUACCGAGGCGGUGGCGGAAAAGGCUCCUCCAAAGGUAGCUGCAAGUGGUGCUCCAAGGGGGAGUGCUGGACCCAUGGCGACAAGAAGGGAGGAGUCGCGCUGUGCCUCCUUGCCAUCGGCGGAAGAGGAGUGUGCGUUCCUCUCUGCCUGAAUGCAGGUGAUGCAGGAAAAUUCUUCUGCGCUGGGCAUGUCGUGCCAGGUGGUCAUUGCUACGCCAUCAUGGAAAGCAAUGGUUUAUGCAAGGGGGCCACUGUGGCCCCUGCAUCGAUCAACAACAUCAGAGAAGGUCGAAAGUGCGAAGCCUGCAAGGAGAAGUCCGGAAGAGUCAUAAUGACACAGGCUCAGUGCCUCGCCAUGGGAUGGGGAAGGAGUAAGGGUGGCAAGGGCAGCAAAGGAGGCAACAAUGGCAAGGACGACAAGGACGGCGGCAAGGACGGCGAUGUCGUGCCUCAGUCUGGCUUCUUCGGUGGGGGUGGCUAUGACUACAUGGUGGAAAAGAAUCGAAAGCUCAAGGAGCAGUUCGCAGCAGCUGCUGCAACUUCAGGUGAGACUGGAAAAGCGACGAUCUUUCGAGGUCUCAGCUUCUGGAUGACUGGCCGGACAUGCUUGCCAGACCAAGAACUCAAGCGCAUCAUCGUGGAACACGGCGGUGUGUACGAACAGUAUGGCUUCACACAUGUCACGCACGUCAUCGCUGACAAUCUCGCAUCCGGAAAUCAGACCUGGGCAGAGCUCAAGAAGCGGUCGAAGCGUGUCAAUGUGGUCACGUCUUCUUGGGUGACUGCAUGUGUUCAAGAGGGACGGCGCUUCAUGCCGAAAUGCUUGUCGUCUGGAUCGUCGAUGCUCUCCUUCCUCCAGCCGGAUGCUCGGAGACUGGAUGGUCAGGACCUGUCAGCUGAGUGGUUGUCCUCCGUUCUGAAGCAGGCCGAGGAAGCAGGGCAGCAGCCUCUUCGUUCGAACAAAGUCUCUUCGGUUGGCUUUGACAACGCAACGCAGAAGUUGUGGCCACAGUCGCAUUCGGUAGAGCUGCUUCUCACUCUUGAAUCGGGGCCCGAAGCUGCCAAGCUCUUCUUGAAGAAGGUUGAUGCACGGCACAUGCCAGCCAAAACCGUGCACGCACUGCGCCGAGAUUUGGAAUCCAACCGAAACGAAGCGAGGUGGUACAAGAACUUUUCGUCGCAGCUGUUGCAGAGGGGUGUUCCUCUGCUGCGUGCACCACUCGUGGAGGAGCAGUUGGAUUGUUUGGACCAUGCUGGAGGUAGUGAGGCUGAGGAUGUCCUGCGCAGGGGCAAGAUGAUGUUAUUGCUAGAGUGUGUGAACCAAUCAGCAUACAGACAGCAAUCUCCUCUAACUCGGCAGCAGGUCAAUCAAAGCCUCAAGCUGUUGGCAAACUUCCAUGCGGCUGCAUGGGAAGAUCGUGGCUUGCUGCAGCGUGCAUCGCAAGUGCUGCACGCGCAAGGUUGCUACUGGGCACUAUCGCGCCGUGGCGAAGAUGAGUUGCGGCAGUUGCAACCAGUUUGGACCGCGUACAUAGAAGCAUUCACUUCGUAUGCUACAGACUUGCUCAAGAAGCCAAGCAUUCGAGACCUUGCGCGGCGGCUCGAGAGCGUGGCUCCCUGGGUAGCCUCGCAACUAGAAGCUUCUCCGCAUGACAACUUCGCUACCCUGGUGCAUGGCGACUACAAGGCAAUGAACCUCUUUCUGCCAGUGGAUAAGGAUGACCAGCCGCUGUUGAUCGACUUUCAGUGGACAGGUGUUGGGUUUGGCAUGGCGGACGUUGCUAUGCAUCUGUCGCAUUCUGUCGAGACGGAGUCCGUGUUUACACACGAGGAGGACUUGGUGCGUGUAUACCAUUCCCUACUCAUCGACUUUCUGGAGCAGCGUGGUGCCGUCGCAGCUGCACAAGCAUUUUCCUUCGAGACGGCUUGGCAUCAUUACACCUUGUGCUUUCUCGACUAUGCACGCAUGGUCAUCAGCUGCUCAGGUAUGCAAGAAUGA